GGAAGAUUAGAUAGAAAUACUUCAGGUGUGCUAUUACUAACGAAUGAAUAUGAAUGGGUUAAUAAAUUGACACAUCCAAAAUACCAAAGAAUAAGAACUUAUAGAAUAUAUAUUGAAGGACCAAUUAAAAUGAAUGCACUAAAAGAGUUAGCUAAUGGUAUAUAUUUAGAAAAUGAUAACAAUGAAAAAGAAAAAAAAAAAACUCAACCAGCUUUUAUUGAAAUAAUUAGAGAAGAAAAAUUAAAAUUAAAAGACCAAAUAAAAAAGAUAAGUAUAUUAAGUAUCAGUAUAAAAGAAGGAAGAAAUAGACAAUUAAGAAGAAUGUUUGAACAAAUAAAUCAACCAAUAAUAAAAAUUAAAAGAACUGCUUUUGAAAAUAUAACAUUAAAAAAUAUAUAUUUUCCAAAGCAAUAUAGAGAAUUAAAUAAAAAAGAGGUAAUGAAUUUAAAAAUUAGAAAACUUUAA